CCCUUUCUCUGCAGCCGCGGCGUGCUGAGAAUCGGCUCUGCGGCGGCCUAUUGUGUCGGGAAAUUCAGUGUCUGCCGGGACCGAGAGGGGAGAACCGUCCGCACGUGCCUGGCUUCUCCUACGAGCCGAAAGACAGAGGAUACGUCAGGCCUGAAGCCGACCGCUGCUGGAGCCUCUGGACCGAGACGGAGACGUUUUAUUAAAUUUUUUUUUUUAACCUGGUCAGGUUCAUUACGGUCGGGGGAGAUGUGAGCUCCAUUAGUCCGUCCUCUGCGCACAGGCUGCUGUAUCGCUCCUCUGUCCUUCCUGCUCUAGAAAAGGAGGAUUUUGAGUCGUCCGGGAUGACCAAGUCUCUCACCUUGGCGUGAAAGGGAUCCAUAGCAGACGCGAGGACCCGUGAGGCCACGCCCGGCCGACAGCAGCCAUGGCCCCCCGCAAGCGCAGUGCGCGGGGCGUCUCCUUCUUCUUCUGCUGUUUCCACAGCAACGACCACCCGGAGAUCACCUACCGCUUGCGCCAGGACAGCGACUAUGCCCUGCAGUGCCUGGAGCCCUCCCUGCCCAUACCCACCGAGGACGAGCUGGACGCCAUGUUCUCCGAGCUGGUGGAUGAGCUGGACCUGACAGAAAAGCACAGGGAAGCCAUGUUUGGGCUCCCUACAGAGAAGAAGUGGCAGAUUUACUGCAGUAAAAAGAAGGAGCAGGAGGAGAUCAAGGGAGCGACCAGCUGGCCCGAGUACUACAUCGACCAGCUGAACUCCAUGGCUGCCAGGAAGUCACUCCUGGCCAUGGAGAAGGAAGAUGAAGAGGAGAGGAACAAGACCAUCGAGAGCCUGAAGACAGCCCUGCGGACGCAGCCAAUGAGGUUUGUGACCAGGUUCAUCGACCUGGACGGCCUGACCUGUAUCCUGAACUUCCUGAAGACCAUGGACUACGAGACGACCGAGUCCCAGAUCCACACGUCCCUGAUUGGCUGCAUCAAGGCGCUGAUGAACAACUCGCAGGGCCGCGCCCACGUCUUGGCCCACCCGGAGAGCAUCAACAUCAUCUCCCAGAGCCUGGCCACCGAGAACGUCAAGACCAAGGUGGCCGUCCUGGAGAUCCUGGGAGCUGUGUGCCUGGUGCCUGGCGGGCACCGGAAGGUUCUGGAGGCCAUGCUGCACUACCAGAAGUUUGCCUGCGAAAGGACGCGCUUCCAGACCCUGCUGAAUGAUUUGGACCGGAGUACGGGGCGGUACAGGGAUGAGGUCAGCCUGAACACGGCCAUCAUGUCGUUCAUCAACGCCGUUCUUAGCCAAGGAGCUGGAGAGACGAGCCUUGAGUUUCGGGUACACUUGCGGUACGAGUUCCUCAUGUUGGGGAUCCAGCCCAUCAUUGACAAGCUGAGGUCCCACGAGAACUCCACGCUGGACCGACAUUUAGACUACUUUGAAAUGCUGAGGAACGACGACGAGCUCACGCUGUCGAAGCGUUUCGAUACCGUACACAUAGACACAAAAAGUGCAAGCCAGGUGUUUGACCUCAUCCGGAAGAAGAUGAACCACACAGAUGCCUACCCGCACUUUAUUUCUAUCUUACACCACUGUCUCCUCAUGCCCUACAAGCGAAGCGGGAACACCGUGCAGUACUGGCUGCUCCUCGACCGCAUUGUGCAACAGAUCGUCCUGCAGAACGACAAAGGUCACGACCCCGACGUCACACCCCUGGAGAACUUCAACGUCAAGAACGUCGUCCGAAUGUUGGUCAACGAAAACGAGGUCAAACAGUGGAAAGAGCAGGCGGAAAAAAUGCGAAAAGAACGUCAUGAGCUGCAGCAGAGGCUAGAGAAGAAGGAGCGGGAAUGCGACGCCAAGACUCAGGAGAAGGACGACAUGAUGCAGACGCUCAACAAGAUGAAGGAGAAGCUCGAGAGGGAGAGCAGCGAACACAGGCUGGUCAAACAGCAAGCGGCCGACCUAUCCACCCAGCUGCAUCUCCUCAGCACUCGGCAGAGUGUGGGUAUACCUGGGGGGCCCCCUCUUGUGCCCGGGCCCCCAGGCGGGCCCUUACCGCCACCGCCCCUCCCCCCUCCGCCUCCACCAGGGUGCAUGCCCCCCCCACCUCCACCGACCCCCUGUGGCGGCCCUCCACCCCCUCCCCCCCCUCCAGGUGGGCCCCCACCCCCUCCCGGGCCCCCGCUUCCUCCUGGACGGGCCCCCCUGGGUGGUGUGCCCCCUCCCCCUGGGGCUCCCCUGGGAACUGCACUGAAGCAGAAGAACAUACCUCAGCCCUCCAACCCGCUCAAGUCCUUCAACUGGGCCAAGCUUUCGGAGAACAAGCUGGAGGGCACAGUGUGGACCGAGGUGGAUGACGUGAGGGUGUUCAAAAUCUUGGACUUGGAGGACAUAGAGAAGACCUUCUCCGCCUACCAGAGACAGCAGGGAUCCAGAAUUCAGCAGGCAAGGCCCCAGCUACAGGACUUCUUUAUGGUCAAUAACAACAAGCAGAAAGAGACAGAGGAUGAUUCCCUGAGCUCUAAAAAAGUCAAAGAGCUGUCUGUCAUCGAUGGCCGCAGAGCCCAAAACUGCAACAUCCUUUUGUCCCGGCUAAAGUUGUCCUACGAGGAGAUGAAGAGGGCCAUCCUGACCAUGGAUGAACAGGAGGACCUCCCCAAAGACAUGCUGGAGCAGCUGCUGAAGUUUGUCCCAGAGAAGAGUGACGUGGACCUCCUGGAGGAGCACAGGCAUGAGCUGGACCGCAUGGCCAAGGCCGACCGCUUCCUGUACGAGAUGAGCAGAAUCAGUCACUACCAGCAGAGGUUGCAGUCGCUCUACUUCAAGAAGAAGUUCGCCGAGAGGAUCGCGGAAAUCAAGCCCAAAGUGGAAGCUCUGGCUAAGGCCUCCAAGGAGAUCCUGCAGAGCCGACACCUGAAGCAGCUGCUGGAGGUGGUGCUGGCUUUCGGAAACUACAUGAACAGGGGCCAGAGAGGGAACGCCUACGGCUUCAAGGUGUCCUCACUCAACAAGAUUGCCGACACCAAGUCCAGCAUCGACAAAAACAUCACUCUCUUGCACUACCUGAUAACCAUCUUGGAACAGAAGUACCCCAAGGUCCAACUGUUCCAGGACGACCUGCAGAACAUUCCACAGGCAGCGAAAGUCAACAUGACAGAGCUGGAGAAGGAGAUUGGUAGCCUACGCAGUGGCUUAAAGAACGUGGAGAAUGAGCUGGAGUUCCAGCAGAAGCGACCCCAGGAGCCCGGAGAUAAGUUUGUGUCUGUGGUGAGCCAGUUCAUCACUGUGGCCAGCUUCAGCUUCUCUGACGUGGAGGACUCCCUCCAGGAAGCCAAAGAGCUGUUCCAGAAGGCGCUGAGACACUUUGGAGAGGAUGCUGGGAAGAUGCAACCAGACGAGUUCUUCGGCAUCUUCGACCAGUUCCUGCAGUCCUUCGCCGAGGCCAAGCUUGAGAACGAGAACAUCAGGAGGCGUAAAGAGGAGGAGGAGCGCAGGGCACGAAUGGAGGCUCAGCUGAAAGAACAGAGGGAGAAAGAGCGCAAAGCCCGCAAGGCCCGGGAGAACGGCGAGGAGGACGGCGAGUUCGACGACCUGGUGUCAGCCCUACGCUCGGGGGAGGUGUUCGACAAGGACCUGUCCAAGAUGAAACGCAACCGCAAACGCAUCAGCAACCAGGCCACGGAGACGGGCAGGGAGCGGCCGGUCACCAAGCUCAACUUCUGAGGCCACCGGGGACCCCGGACCCCACCCACCAGAGGGACCCAGGCCCAGAGCCACAGCAGACCUCCUUGUGAUGCUCAUCUCCCCAAUCCUCCCCACCCCACUCAUCUUGACCACCCCCACCCCCCACCCCGAACUGAAACAGAACUGAAAAAAUUAAAUGAACAGGCUGUUAAAUGUUACUCUCUGGUGCAGAAGCACAAAGAUGGGUUUCUUUUUUUUUGUUUCUGUUUUUUUUGUCUGUCUGGAAACAGAUGACCAAAAAUGUUUUUAAAAAGGUAGUAGCUCCAUUCCAUGAAGCAUGGACAGGACAUGAAGCAACAUAGCAGUCUGCUGUGGGUUUUCAGUGCCCCUUGCUGGUUGCCAAAAAAAACUUAUUUAAAUGUUAUUGAUGGUGAUUGUUGGUCAGUGGAUGUAAUGGUGUAACACUAUGGUGCUGGCGCACCAUAUAUGGUUGAUAAUUCAGGACCAGUGGCCUUGGGUAAGGUCAUGUGAUGACCCCGCCUCCCCCUCCAGGGGAGCAUGUAUAUGGCGCUUCCAUUCACCCGAGGCUGUUCUUAACUACAGGGAACCCAGCACAAGACUCCACCCCUGCCCCCUGACUCCACCUGCUAUGAAAGCUUCCCCCGUGCUUAUAACGGAUCUGAACUGAUGUGAACCCCCCCCCCCCCAAAUUUGGAACUGUAAGAAGGAAGCACAGAGCCUUUGUGUUUCAACCAGGCUGUGAUGAAUGCUACCUGCUAACAUUUAAAACAUUCCAUGCUGUCAAAAAUGACAAGGAGAAGAUGAAGGAUGUCCACUUUAUAACUCUGUAUAGUGGCUAAAAACCUGUAAUGAACUGAAUUUCUAUGGUCAUUGUAGUUCACAUUGGCACCUGCAGUAAAACCAGUCUUUUUUUUUAUAUGAUUCCCAGAUUCUUCCUACAACCCUUUUUUUUCUUUCAAUGGGACUUUGCAGUCUUACUUUACCACAGGACCUGCUUGAGGGUGUCGAGUAUGUUAAAACCAGCAGUGUUCUGCUCAUUUGGACGUAUAUUAAGAGUUCUGGUGCACUGAUAAGGGUUAAUGGCAGGCCAGGUCCACCACCCUGAAACACUGGUUAUCCGUUAUAUGGUUAUCUUACUGUAAUUCUUCUAUGCAUCCAAAUCAAAAUUGUUCCAUCUUGUAGCUCAACACUCACAGCAGUAUUACAGGAGAAAUAAAACCUAUUUAAGCGUCAACAGCAUCGUGAAUUAUCCCACCCGUCAGCACUUCCUGUCAAACCGGUGUUCUCUUGAAUAAAAGAUUUUUCUCAGCCGA